AUCAAUGAUGUAUGCAAGCAACUCCUGCGCGUCAUGCUGUUGGAAUCCAGAAAACUGAGGUGCAAAACGACUGAUGGCACGCUUCAGAUUGGCCGGAGAAGUGCUGGGUACCGUACCAAACCACAGCUCCUUCAGCAAGCCGUCGUACUCUUCAGCAAGGUUGCCACCCGUUCCUAGCGGAUUGUCGCGGUUCAGAUCCUUCUUGUAGCGAUUGCUCAAGAAAUAACGAGUAAGCAGCUCCACGUGGCUCAGGCACUGCAGCGCCGAGUUCAUAAAGCACGUGUUGCCAAGGUUACGAAGACCCAUCUUGCCUCGCCGCUCUGCUUUCAAGCCCUGCAGAAUUUCGUCUUCUUUCUCUUCAGCUGUCAGCGUCGAGCGGCACACGCCCUUGUGAUACUUCCAGUGGGACAUCUGACAGUUCGCACCGCAGUACCAAAUGAGCUGGCAGUUGCCACACCGCUUCAGAGACCCUGCAGUCUUCCGGCAGGCGCCACAGAGCUUAGGGAUCGAGCUGUUCACAGCACUGGGUUUCCGCUGCACAGCUAGCUUGCCCCCAGUAGCCCCGUCAUCUUUCGUGCCAUUCGCCUCGGCCUUUGUUUCAUUCUUCUUCUGUGCUGGAGUGCCUUUUGCGCCGCUUGUCGUAGUCGUAACUUCUGGCUCGUCAUCUUCCGGUUGUUCCUGGAAUACACAAAAUAUUCCUUCAGUAAAUCAGUCUCUUGAAGUAUCAAACAGCAGUAUCUACUGUAUAGACGUACCGGCGCCGGCGCCGCGCGUGGAGGAGCUGAUCCUGCGCGGCGCCGACGUGAGCGUGCUGAACCACACGACGCUGUCGCUGUGGCACUUCCGGCAGCUGGCGCUCGAGCUGCUGCCGUCCGCGGCGGAGCGCGAGCCGGAGGAGGACCAGGACCGACUCAAGACGGCCGACACGCCGACAGCAGAGCCGCCUACGCGCGGCAUCGAGCUGGGCGAGGGCAUGAGCGUGGCCGCCGUGCUGUUCGAGCAGCCGCCGAACGCGCUCAAGCCCGAGAAGAGCGGCCCGGCGGCCGCAGGGGACAACAAUAGCAGGACAGAGCGCUCCAGACCCGUGCUGCAGCUGCAGGGCGUGACCACCAGCGUCCAGGGACACAUGACGCCGGACACGCGCGUCGCCGCCGUGUUCCAGCGCUACCGCUGCGUGCUGUGCCUGGACGCGUCGCCCUCCAUCCUGUCCAUCGACCCGUCGAGCGGCCGCCUGUUCCUGGACUUGCUCUACGAGAGCGUGGAGCUCUUCAUCUGGAGCAUGCUGCGGCCCAUGGAGGUCGGCGGCGUGGCCUUCACGCCGGAGCUGCACGUGUCCGUGCUGGUGCAGGGCGCUCUCGUGGAGUCUCUCUGCGUGAUCAUGCAGGGUUAUAUCGUCACCCCGUCCAACGCUGCGAGCUUCCUGCAGCUCAUCAAGGACCGAUUCCAGCUCAUCGAGAACGACUGGGCGACCCAGGCGCAAGAGCUCGGACAGUGGGGGUAUCUAGGCAAUGCGAUGCCCGCGUCGCUCGACUGGAUCUUGCAGAACGCGGUCUUUGCGUUGAACUCGCUGCCUUCCGACUGCGCGCCGAUGGUGGUGCUGGUUACAGAUGGCGUCGUGGAUGUACGUGAUGCAUACUCGUAUGAUAACUUGUUGAUGCAGCUGGUGCGGCAUGAUAUUCAAUGCCAUUUCUUGCGGAUCGGAGGAGGUGGAGAGGAUGAAUUGAGCGCUACGUUUGGAUUCGUCCCGGACACGCAUCUAUUGCGAUUCGUGGCGGAGUAUACGGGUGGAACAGUGUUUGAUUAUGCAGCUAUCCACGAGGCGUGCUAUGGGACGACAAGUACAUGCAGCAAUGUUGUGAAGAAGAUGACGGGUCUGCAGGAUGCGUGUUUCCUGCGCAAGUCGAGCGUGCACGCAAACUCGGCCCCUGUGGUGAAGCUGAACGAGAUGGACAGCACUUCUUUCGAUGGCAGGACGUUGCUGCCUCUCCGUCCGUAUCGUAUGUGGCGUGAAAAGGUGCACGAGUAUCGUAUUUUCGCAGACGUGAACCGGAUCGUGGAGGCGCGACUUUGUGAAGGAUUUUCCAUCAAUAAGGUUUACGUGAAGACUUACCAGCAGCCGGUGCUGGCGGAUGGAGGAUCGAAUCAAACAACCGUGGAUUCUCCCAGGCAUUCUAUUGGUGGCAGUGGAGCUGCGAACGCCUCGAAUGGGCGCUCGAGCGAAGUCACGAAGAUCUUGAUUGUGUUCUUGCUGCAAUGGAAACAGAACGUGUGGCUUGAGUAUGUUGUGUCUACAACCACGGACAACGCAGCAACUCCUGCGGCGUCAGCUACUACAACGUCCCAUCCGGGCCGUCGACCAAGUGGACAAGGUUUGAAAGGGACUUCUUCGUCAACUAAGAAACCUGCAUCUAUAUUUUCCAAGGAUCAGACAGCGGCGUGGAGUGAGUGGUAUGUCAAGAUGAACAUAUUGGCGUAUGCAGACUUUCUCCGUGCGUUUGAAGAUACGAUCCAGCGCCCUUCAGCUGGUGGGGACAGGAACACAAGUGCUGCAGCCCGAGGGCACGGUGGGGACGUUUCCAUGGCGUCACCAGUUUUCGUUCACGAUUUUAUACGCAAUGUUCAGGACGUCGAUCGUGUGUUAUUGCACCUGAUGACGGCGACGGCUAGUAUCAGUGAAAGCAGCGACUCCGUUGCCAAUCAGUUCUCUUUUGGGACAGCAAACGCGUCGUCAACGUCAGUGACUCCAAAGAUUACCAGCUCGCACCCGGUGUUCAACAUUAUCGGUGAACUCUCUACAGUGUUGUGGCACCGAUGGUUUUCCGUGGAGCGCUUUGAGAUUAUUUGUGUUGUUAAGAGUGAUGCGUGUACGGAUCUAUUUUAUCGAAAUGAGAUGCACGGAGUGGUGGAGCGCGGCAAUGCAGGCUCGCAUUUGCGCGGUGCGGGGAAUGCGUCACAAGGAAUGAUUCACAGCCACGGCACCAAUGUGUACGGGACGAAUAGCGGAAAUAUUUCUAUCGGAGUUGAGAGCCUUGCUGAGCCUCUGGUCGCGAUUCUUGUGAAGUGGUCAUCACAAAAGCUGUCGCAGGAUUUGUUUUUGAAAUUCCUUUAUACGUCCGCUACGGACAAAAGUCACGCACCCCCAAGAGCCAAAGCAUCGCCGUCAUCAGCAACAGCGUCAGGAGGAAUCGCAAUGCGACGUCGUCAGCGCAGUCAGAACAACAAUGGAGGAGACGAUGGUGCCCAAGGCGAAGAAGGCAGCAGCACAAAAGAGAGCAAAGCGGCUCUGUGCUUCGUGCGGCUCGAAUUUAAGAACAAAACGCUAUGUGCGGUUCACGUGGCCUUCUUUGCGACGAGAGCAUCAACUCGGCGACAAGUGCUGAGUGAUCUGAAAAGCACGAUUUUUGCUGGUAUCAAUGAAGUCGCGGUAACUCCCUCUCCAGCAAAAUUACUCUCGCCUUCGAUGGCGGAAACUCCUGUCAUACUCUGUCAUCGCAUGCUGAGCCGUCUUCUUGUAACGCACGACACUCUCCUACUCCAUGGGCUUGACCAGGAACCAGGCCCCUUUGACUAUUAUGUGGCAUCGCCGACAUUGGAGGCCGAGAAGAAUGCUGGGGCUAUUCCGCCAUCCACUACGUGCUGCGGUGGUAGUGAAUUGCAGUUGCACCGAGUUUUUGGCGCAUACGUAUGGCAUUCGAGUUGGAAAUGGAAAGUAGCGAAUCUGACGGCGUUGCUGGACGUGAUGCGGCGGCUACAUGACGCCAGAAUCAGCUGUGGAUUUUGGGUGCUGGACUGGAAAAUGGAGGAAGGAGACGAUGGACAAGGUGCGCACGUUGAAAGCGUGGUUUUUGGAAGGGAGAUUUUGAUGGAAGAUGAAAAGGGUCACACAAAGACGGCAUUAGUGCAGUAUGCGCUUCGUCGCGUCUCGGAUACCUGCUUAAUGACCUCAUUCUGGAUGGAACCUCAGCACGGCACUGUGAAAACGCGGCUUUCCGAUGAAGUCGAUCAUAACGACAAAUUUCACUGGAGUUUAAAGCAAGCGAUUGGGCACUCAGCGCCAUUUGAAAACUAUGAAAGCCGUGGUGUGAAUCGGAGUAGCACCCCGCGAGGGAGUGACCGAUUGUCUGUAUCGUCAAUAGGGUCGGUGGAAGACGAGCAGAAAUCGAUGGAGCAAGAGGAUGUAAGUAUUGAUUGGGAUGGUGGCUCUACAUACCUGGGUGAAAGUGAAUUGCUCCACCUAAUACGCGGCUACCUAUUCAAGAGUGACCGACACUUUCUUUCGUGUUUGUACACGUUCGAUUGCAUCCUCAAUUUGCGUGAGAACAUCGAGUUGCUGAAUCAGUUGAGCAAGGACGUCGAGGGUAUCGUAGGCUCCAACUGGAGCAUGGAUAGGCAAAUGGCAGCUGAGAACGGCAUGAUACUCCCUCCUUUCAGCACAGCGAGGCUCCUGGCUACUUCAAAACGGUCAACAGAGCAUUUCCUGAUGUAUCUGCAAAAUGAGAAAACUUCUACGAGCACAGUGGAUGAAUCAAACACUGUUGGAAUCCCGCCUUCAGUAUCAUCAGCUAACGAGAAUCUCUAUUCUAUGCUGGAGCUUACUCUCAGAGGGUUGAGCGACUGUGAAGUGUCAUGGACGGACUACAAUGGUGAUGUCGUCGCGGAAGCUGGCAUGUCUACGAGUAAUGCUAUUGAAGAUGAUCGGUUUUUCCGGGAAGGCAUGGAUGGCCAGCUGCCCUUGUGGCUGAAGGAUCACCUAGCACUGACGUUCAAGGACCGAGUACCGCACCAUGCGUUGAGUAAAGGCAAGUGCUUCGUUAAGCUCGUGAGUGAUGAUUGUGUGGUUUUAGCAUUCUUCCCUUCCUUGGAUACUCUGCAAGUUCAAAGCAAGGGUGCGGGCAAGGCAUCUUCAUUUAAAGCAAGUGAUCUCGAAGAUGCGUUUGACAGCAAGUUGAACCUGCCUAAAAGGGCACCUGGAAAAGAAGAGGGUCGCGACGCAUCUACUCAGCAGCAGUUUUCUGUUCGCGCGGCGGAGGAAGAUGGAGCAAAGGCUCGAGUUGUGCGAAUGUCAGUGUCCGCGGAUGAUAUCGUGCUUUACCAAGAACGCCGGCGCAGUUUCCGCGAAGGCUACAAAUCUUGGAGAAUGGGGCAUUACCAGGGAUCCCGUGAUGAAAAGCAAAGUUAUGGCCGUGAUUUCCAGAAACUGCGUCUCCCUUCAACUCCGGAAGAUCAUGAAUUCUGUGAGGAGAUCAGUCGUCGUGCGUCGUAUGGCUGUGAUUUUCAUCUGCUGAUUGAAAGUACCAACGGCGUCAUGGGAUCGGGCUUCUUUCAAGUUGCAUUUUAUGAGUGCUCGCUCACCAGACUUUCCACAGACUUGCAUGAUAAUAGCACUCAAAUGCUGGAUCGUGUGGAUUUGCCUCACACAAUUUUGAAGCAGCUAUUCUUCUCAAGGCGAAGCGGCAAAGCAAGAGAGGAUCGGCCGGCGUUGCCUCUUGACCGAAGUGGGCUAUGGAAAAAGUCUCCGGCAGCGCGAUCAGCUUCUGACCCUGGUGCGAAUUCGCAUCCUCGACAGAGUCCUGACAGCGUUCUUGCGUCUCGUCGGUUCCGCAAGAAGGUGAAGCGGGCGCAUGAACACAAUUUCUCCCGUGGCGUGUACAUGGCUCUACGUGAAGGAGGAGCUGUCCAGCAUAGCGAUCUGUUGCAGGCGCUCUCAAGUUGCAUUGAAGUCCCCGUUGAUGUUGACAUCACGCUUCUGUAUCGUAUGAUGGAAACUGCUGCAUCGCAUAAGAUACCGCCUCUGAGCCCAGCAGCUGCCGCGGUGGUGUCAGCAGGCAUCGGUGCAGAUAUUCUGAAGGAUAAGCUGACGAAGUCUUUUGAAACGAUACUUUCGAGUGUGUUUGUCCCCAUCGCUGGAACGAAGUACUACUAUUUCACGGGUAACGAAAACACCGUAUACGAGGACAUAUCCUCGAGCGAAUACGAUUUGCAUGUCCUCAUGGAGGAUUCGGACGACAAUGACGGCGAGGCGGGCCAAAAGAGAGAUGAACACCAAUCGCGUGACGAUGCAGGCGUCAGUAGUGACCAGGGACUGCAGCUUAGUCGCAGUGUUGGCGAGGGCGGCAACGCACAGAAACCGGCGUCUGAAGCAGGGGCAUACAACGGCCAAAAACGAGUGAAUCGCAGACGUGGUAGCUUGGGGCGUGAACCACCACCUCCUGUCAAUACUUCACCAGAAGAUAACUCUAGCAACGAGCAGCAUCAAGCAAACGUGGAAGAGGAUGCCGAGGUUAAUAAAGAGGUGGCGGUGGCAACAUCCAGCUUCUCGGUGCCAUUCUUCUUCAGGUUUGAGUGCCGUGUGCUCAAUGGUUCGAGAGAUGCUCGGUCGAACUCGGCGGACACGCACUCGACAGGAGUUCCACCUGACUCUGACGUUCUUCGUCGAUCUGCUAGUACUGCCGCGUACGAGGAUAUGCGAAAGGAUAUGGUGGCACAAGCUCAGCUGACUUCUCCGAGCAGUCGACAGGAAGAGUUUAAUGCUUUUUUGGCGUCGAUUAAAGCGAGUCAAGGUUCGCGAAGAAGUUCGACAUCGGCUGACGUCACGCACAUUGCCGAGUCAUUUUCGGAUACGCCAUUGGGCCGCAUUGCAUUGCGCUUAGUGACUCUCACUUUACCAAAUGAACGAGCGCUUGACGGUGGACGUGUGGCAUCUCCGAUGCCGUUUGAAAUGGACAAUGGUCAAGCCAACAAAAACAAUUCGUUGCCGUCCAUGCGAACCCACAACUUCUCCACAUUGCACCUUUUCCAGCGUCAAGUCUUGACACGGGUGCGCAAAGACAUUAAGGAGUGGUGCAGUAUCGAGAUAUUGUCAAUUCUGCAGUCGGCAAACAAAAUUACUCCGGCGAUUGGUUCUCUGGUCCAGCGACUCUUUGAUGAUUUGCCUGAUGACGCCGUGACGAAAGCGAAGUAUCCGCUGGAAUUCGUGGCUCGCAGCCAAGAAACGCCAGUAAACCCGAUUGAUUUGUUUAAGCGCGAGUUCGAGAAGGGCGAUUUGCUUAUGGUUCACCAGUGCAAUGGAGUGUACUUUGUGGUGGAGAAGCAGAAAUCUGCUGACACGAGUGUGGACAGUUUGGUCAAGAGCGACGUCAGUUUUAAAAUCCCUUAUUGGGCAUACUUUGAGCUGGGAAGUGAUCAUAUAAGCUUGCGACUUCACCACCCGGACCGCUUUGGGGCAUCGUCUAGUGGAUUCAAUCGGUUGGAGGUUCUUACCCGCCUUCAGCUUGGAGUGCGUGCGGUUUGUCGCCGUGUUAACCAGUUCUUGCUUUUGCUGCAACUUCACGAGACGCGCACAUGCAAUGGGCUUCUGUUUCCACCAAACGGCAACUUGCCAUCCAGUCCCCGUUCGCCUAAGCGGCGAAACGGGUCGCAAGGAGCUUUUGAUUCAAUGGGCGGUCAAGAUGGACAGAGGAAGCAAACCAACUUCUUCUGGCCAGGCCAAUUCGAGUGUGAUCUGCGGUAUUCUGCUUUCUUCAAGCUUCAUGAGCGUUUGGCACCCAACUUCGCUCUCAACAUGCUGUGUACAUCAGCAUUAGAGCAUUUUCAAGUGCACAACCGUCGUCACAUUUUUGUGUAUCGCGACCGCGAUGGGCACGUGUUUUACAUGAAGAUCAGCAUUUACUAUGACAUGUCACUCUCUUCAGCUGCUGGAGGACAAGCGGCCGAAGAACGUCAAGAGCGCGGUGGUCUUUCGCGUUCGAGUACUGGAGGAAGUACCGGUGGUGCAAGUGUAACAACCGCUACAACACCCGCGGGGGUACCUGGAAUUCGACUGGAAGUGUUUGGUGUGUCUGAUCCGGGUGAAGAAAUAACCCACGAAUUGUGUCGCUUGCUGGAGAGGAAGCUGGACGAAGCUACUCAGGUUGUGCUCAUGAAGCUGCUGGCCCGAAACACCAAGUUCCAGUUAAGCCAGACAGACUUGGCGUUUUUGUGCCCGCCGUCUGCUCCGCCAGCAAGUGUGGUGGAGUAUAUCUUACCUGGUGAGGUGAAUGAGUGCUCCAGAUUGCUGCACUACUUGUCGCAAACGCUUAAGCUGUCCCCGUAUGUCCGCCCUGUAUCAUGCGGAGGAUCAUUGACCGCACGGAAUUCGCGGGAGCCAACGAGUGGAUCAUAUCGCAGGGUGCGGCGCGGAAGCCUGUCGUCUGCGGGUAGCACUGUCAGCCUUCCGGGUGAGGAAUUCUCGAAGGCAAUAGUGAAGGGGCAUGAUCAAACAAGAGGAGCAAACCUCGGUGCGGAUGAUACUGAUCACGACAGCACUCGGACACACCCAGCAUGCUUUGGCGAUUAUCGGAAAGCGUUGGCCAAGGUACAAGAACAAUAUGGAGAUCCUGUGCCGUUCAAUGCAGCAAUUCGAUCUCCUGUUUUCUACUUGACGCCGAAUGGGGCGGCAAACAGGGUGGACAUUUCAGCCGGACUAUCACCUUCAACCCCCCAGCUUGUCGCGCAGACGUCCUAUGUUCUCAACCUGAACCCGGACCUGCGGCUAUCGCCAGGAUUCAUGUCCCGAGUAGGCAAGGGCCUUGCACUUAUGCGCGUCGAUCUCAUCCGGAACACUUCUUCUAAAAUGGAACGUGGAGAUAAGAAGAAGGAGGGAGCUAGUUCGGAAAGCGCUCAAAAAGUCAAACGCGUCCAUGAUAUCCCCGGGCUCGCAGCGUUGUACCCAGAAGUUGAAGAGGCUCCCCAACAAAACACAAUACCGGUGGUAGCCAGGUGCCAAGUUUGGAUUCGCGGAUCUAUCCAUACAGCAGAGUUAAGUCAAGUUGUGGAGGCAUUCAUGGACGAGGCGCUUUACGAUUAUCACAUUGAAGCAACGGUCAAGAAACUCGGGAUCUCCAUGCAGCGGCAAAAUGCUGCCAGUAGCGAUGCUGUUUCUGGUGAGGAGGCCCAUUCAGAUAUACUGGAUCUGUCGGGUAGUCACACGAAAUUACCAGACGAAGUGGACACGUUGGUGUCGCUCUUCAAGAGCGCAUGCCUCUUGCCAUCGUCCUCCGUGACAAAUUUGGGUGUAAACCUGUCCAUUGCGCCAUGGGACCUCGAAAACGCUGUGGCACAAGUACGGAGCUUUCUGAGUUGCCUUCCUCAUCACCUCCGCCCUGCAGUUUAUGCGAAGUCGAAGCUGUCAGGGGCUUAUGCGAGUGUUGCCAACCGCAGCGAUAGUGUGCACAUAUUUUCCAACUCGAGCGAGCCGUACGCUGAAGAUUUCCGACUGGUUGUCAAGCAUGUUGGUGAUCCCGAUGCAUACGACGCUCAGGACUCAAGUGACUCCGAUGCAGAAACGACGGCAUCCAUGAGCUCAGCGCUCCACCAUAUCGAGCCAUUGAUGCGAACGGAUUCAAUUCAUUCUGAAAUUUCAGAUUUGGAUUCUGUUUCAGGUCGCAUGCCGCUUACAUGGGCAUCAACUGGUGCAAGUUCCGAGUCAAAUCUGAUACCGGCCGCGCCCUCUGUAUCCUCGACAACGUCUUCGUCAAUGGUUGGAGUUAUGGCAAGUCUGUCGCACCAGCCACAUCUUCCAAAGAGCACAAGCUUUUCGGAGAGAGACGUGUUGCUAUACUCUAACAGCAGCAGUCACCAUCACCAUAAAUCGGAUUCUAGUGAAGCCGCGGAGGUGAAGCGGUCGUUUUACUACAUCGUGGAUUUGUCCACGAGCAAGGGCUUGCAGUUGUACGGCUACAACAUGAGUUCUGCGUUGGUGGAGGCAUUGGCAACACAUUUGGCACGCGUGCUGACCUGGAGCAUGCUUCGUGAAAAACUUUUACGAAGUCUUUUGUUGGAGAAAUCGGGUCUUUCAGCGGCAGCUCCUAUUGGUUCUAUCGUGCUGCAGCCGCGCAGUCUGUUCCUGACCAUCGGAAGAACGGAACGAACUGGGAAGAGCAUGGGCAAAAGUACCGCCGUACUGUGCAAGGAUUCUGCAGUGCAUUUCAUCGAAUAUCGCCCCCCAGUGCUAUCUAUCCUGCAGACCAACGAGUGGUUUCCAAGAGUGUUGGAUGCAAGUCGUCUGCGCUCAAUCGACGGCUUUGCCAUGGGGACCUACUUACGUGAAGCGCAGACGCAAUCCGCCUCAGAGGCGCUUGAGUCCCAAUACCAGCGACCUCGAGGAAAAAGCAACACAAAUAUGGGUGCACAAUUGGGGCCACCGAGUAUCCCUGACCUUACGCGAGAAGUGUCGGGGCCGUCACUGUCGCAGCGAAGCAUGCACAGCAGCGGGGAUGGUACCAACCACUCCGGGGGACCCCUCGGCAGGACGAAGAGUGGUGGCAUAGUUACAGGAAGCAAUGCCUCCGACAGUGUGUCGUCGUCCCCAAACAAGCGUCUAAAUGGACCAGGCCCUGGAAUGCCAUUCCCAGGAGGCAAUCGAAGCGAUGUUGCAGCACGAAUGAGAGGUGGCGCAGGAGCUGCUACGGCACUCAUGGCAGCACGUGCGCGGGCACGGGGAGGCGGGCUCCCUGGUCGAAUGGGUGGAGGACCAGGCGUUAGCGGAACAAGAUGUUCAAGCUCUGGAUCAACUUCAACGGGGGCAGAUAGUGUUGCCCCGUGGGAUUUACCGCUUCAUAACACCAAGGGACCGCGUCUACACACUUCGGCUGAUGGAGCAGAUUCGAGUGCGGCUACUGCUAAGGACGGCGAUGAUACAAGUAUGAAUACCUCUGCAGCGGUAGCAACAAGCUCGGAGCAGAAGACGAGUACACGUCGAAGAGGUUCCGGGCAGACCGAUUUGGUGACAACGUCCUCAUCAUCUUCGUUGUCAGGGCUGCCACUAGCUUCGCCAUCAAUUCAUCGCAGGAGUAGCAAGGAGACAGCGGCAAGUGAUCCCGGCCGAAUUCAUAGUUCCUGGAAAAAGCGCUUGGAGUGUGCUUGGGGACCUCGGUUCUUGUUCCCCGGGAAUGCAGAGCGUUGGUCGGCAAAAAUUACAGCGGAUCGGCGGCUACACUUCAUGGAGUUGGAAGAGGACGAAGAGGGAGCUCUACCCAAGAAGAAUCAUGCUCCUUUGCCUUACUUCUGCGCAGCGUUGGAGAAGCGUUGGGAGGCUUUCGAAACCCGAUCCACUAGCCACACUGUGGGUAUCAAUCUGUUGGGCAGACUUGCCUCGAUGGGUCCUGAUGAAGAGAUGGAGGAGCCUGUUGCAAAGGAUGUUGUGGCGAAUAUGGUAGCCAGUGGACACCUUUUACUACAUCAGCGUUUCCGGGCUGCGUUUGUAGAGCGAUGGGUAGCCGCAAAGAUGGCUGGGGCGACAACAGACGAAGUUGGAGAAGAUGGGAGCAGUCGUCUUAGCGCGCUGCAGUCGAGUAUGGAUCUGGUGAAUUUGCUGAGCUAUAAGCGUGAAUUUGUUUUCGAUAGCGACGAGUGCUCCGUGGCGAAGCUGUACACAGAGCACACCGUCUAUAGCAUGGGUGCGGGAGCUGGUGCUGAUGUUAGGGGAAUCAAACAGCAAGUGGCCGCAAAUUUGGAGCCGUUGCGUCUAGAAGUGGCGAGCGAGUUCUAUAAGGAGUUUGCCGUUCACUUGAGAACGCUUGGAUUCCGACAACUUCGUACGAUUAACACAAGCAGGACUCAUGCGCGCGCGUUCCCAGUCGGCGCUACGAAUGAUGGCGAUGCAGCAAGCGGAGAGGGCUUCUCGGAGUACUUAUAUCACCCUGAAAGAGCUGCUGCAGAAGCUGGGGGCUGGAAAGCGGACCCGAACAACAACAGCUCUGGUGCAUACCCGCUCACAGUGGUGGUGCUAGAAGUAAAAUGUGAUCACCGAGGAGUGCGGUUGACUGCUGUGCUCGUAAGCAUGCACGACUUGGAGCAGCAGGACUUACGUUUCCAGAACCGUUUGGCUGCGAAGGCGGGAAAGCGGAUUAUUCCCACGUCCGGCGUGAGGGUGCAGUGCGUUGCGAAGUGGUUACGUGCCCAGCUCAAAACUCAAGCUCUCAUUUAUGGAUUUACGAUUCGUUACUUCCAGCAGCACCUGCUUCAGUGGGUUGGCGCCACUGAUGAUUUUCAUAACAGUCAGAGUGGACCCAGCCACAGUGUCAGCGAGCACCUUGGCGAAGAUGAUGCACUGGUGGCAACCCCACCCGUGCCAUGGAAAAAUGCUUCCACGUUCCAAAACAUUGUCAAGGGGCUGCAGUGCUUCCUGCACACGUUCCCUGAUCCACCAGAGGAGCCAAAGAAGCAUACCACAGCGGUACUGUCAGCUUCAACCACGAGUAAAAGAAUCGCUGACAAGAGAGCCACUACAACGCCUCAAGCGACCACCACACCACCAACCAGUGGUGGACCCCGAUCGUCUUUGCGCCACUCGAGAUUGUUGCGGCGAGCAGCGGCUAAACAGCAGCAGCAUCAACAGCAACCAGCCCACCCAGAGUUAGCCCCCGCCCCACGUGAUGCAGUGCCCAAAGCCACCGCGCCAUUGUCUUCGCUCUGGCAUGACUGCGUGAUCCGGAUGGAAACGGUGGCGCUGCAACCAACGUCGCUGCAAUCGAACUGCGUUGAGUCGAUCUUGGUGCAGAUUUUGCUGCGGUACAUUGCAUGCCACGGGUCACGCUAUGAGGUACUGGAUCUCCUGCAGUUUGGCACACCCGAUGCGGUUGUGUGCCAUUCCUCGUCGGGUAGUUUCUACCAUCGGCCCCCGUCAACGAUUAUACCGACGAUCCAAAGUCGCAAGGUGGAACCUUCUGGUGGAUACUCACUGGUGAUCACGACGCAGCCGCUGACGAAGAAACCUCUGGAUAAGGACUCCGUGCAGCUUCUCUUGUUGAAAAGCACGCCGUCAGCGCUUGGUGUGGGCAAUGGAGUGCUUGCGGUGGAGCGAGCGCUACAGGAGGCUCAGUUGUUUACGCGCGAAUUGUUCCACGUUGCUGCGCAACACUACGAGCGUGAUCUGCUGUGGUCUCGCUUACUGUUUGACGGCACUCGCGGUCCGGGCGCCGAAGUCGCACGCACGCUUGCAUUGCCGCCGGACUUGUUUCGCGUGGAAGUGGGCCCACAGCAGCUGGAAGAGUGCCUUCGGUUGUCAAUUUGCACCCCAUUGGAUACGCUGGAUCCGAGGCUGGACGAGCUUCUGCACGUGUCCGGUGUGUGUUGGCAGGAGCUGGCGCUACGCCUGCGGGACCUCUACGCCGAUCAGUUACGCGAGUUCCAGUUCCAAGAGGAAGACGAGAACAGUAGCCACUUGCUGCUGCUGUGCCCCGACACGUUCGACUUCAUCAUCCACUUGACGUUCAUCACGCCCAAGGAUCAGCCGGUGACUUGGCCUGCGCUGGCCGAAGAUGGAGAUCUCAGUGUCAGUGGCGACGAAAGCAUCGACAGCUCAAGUAGUAGAAGCGCCAGCAUCAACGGCAGCCACGUGAGCGGCAUCAGCGAGGAGUUCAGCGAAGCCGGCUUCACGGAGGAGGCCCAAGGCGACCUGCGUGUCGAGAUCUGCCGCCGAGAGGAGCCGACCAACAAGCAGUUCACGUUCGCGCAGCGGCGCUCGAUCGCGGAGUUCGUCAACUGCAUCGUGCACUGGCAGUGGCGCAGCCUGAUCUACGACUGAAGCGACGUGGCUACAGUUGGCAAGUUGAAGUUGUUAUGUAUGGGUAGGUAAUGAAAUGAA